GCACUCUGAGGACGAUCCUUUAAACAAUGUUGUCCAGCUGAGGAAACUCAGAGGACAUUUGAUCACACAAGUCCAGGAAUUAUUUGAAGGAAAGAACCCGGAAACUGAUCGGCACAACAUAUUUCCCUUUAGGUUUAUGUGACUCAGAAUAGAUAGGACAUGAGCACUUCCCUGAGUUACAAGUCCCUGUCCAAAGAGCAGCAAACUAUGGAUAAUCUGGAGAAGCAGCUUAUUUGCCCAAUAUGUUUGGAAAUGUUUUCAAAACCUGUGGUCAUUCUACCUUGUCAACACAAUCUCUGCAGAAAAUGUGCAAGUGACAUUUUCCAGGCCGCAAAUCCAUACUUGCCUACAAGAGGAGGAAACACUGUAGCUUCUGGCGGUCGAUUUCGAUGCCCCUCAUGCAGACAUGAAGUUGUUCUGGAUCGACAUGGAGUAUACGGAUUACAAAGAAAUUUGCUGGUUGAAAAUAUCAUUGAUAUAUAUAAACAGGAAUCUACAAGGCCUGAAAGAAAAACUGACUACCCAAUGUGCGAGGAACAUGAAGAUGAAAAAAUUAAUAUAUAUUGUCUCAACUGCGAAGUGCCAACAUGUUCCAUGUGCAAAGUAUUUGGUCUUCACAAGGAUUGUCAAGUUGCUCCUCUGAAUCAUGUUUUCCAAGGACAAAAGUCUGAACUUUCGGACGGCAUUGCCAUAUUGGUUGGAUGUAACGAUAGGAUACAAGCAGUGAUCAGCCAACUGGAGGAGACAUGCAAGACGGUUGAGGAAAACAGCAAAAGACAGAAAGAACAGCUGUCUGAAAAAUUUGAUUAUCUUUAUGCUAUUCUUGAAGAGAGGAAAGGGGAACUUACCCAGAUGAUCACUAGAGACCAAGAAGAAAAGCUUGAAAAUGUCCGUUCCUUAAUGAAAAAAUAUGGGGAUCACUUGGAGACAGUCUCCAAGCUUGUUGAAUCAGGAAUUCAAUUUAUGGAUGAACAAGAAAUGGCAGUAUUCCUACAGAAUUCCAAAGUAUUACUUCAAAAAAUCACAGAAGCGUCUAGAGGAUUUCAAAUGGAAAAAAUUGAGCCUGGAUACGAAAACAUGAAUAAUUUCACAGUGGAUCUUAACAGAGAAGAAAAAAUUAUAAGAGAAAUAGACUUUUAUAAAGAAGAGGAAGACGAGGAGGAAGAAGCUGCUGAAGAUGAAGAUUCAGAAGAGGCUCAUACAGAAUCAUCUGGUGAAGAAGAUACAACAGAAAGAACCUCUCAGACGCCACAUAAAAAUACUGAGCCCUCAAGUAUAGCUGCAGAAUCAGCAUCUCAGAAACCAGUUGAAAUGAUUGCUUCCUCUCAGGGUGAGGGUGAGUCGACUGGCAUUCAGCACACUUCCGAGUCUAAUAUUCACAGUCUGUCAGCAACAGGAACCUCAGAUACCUCGUUUUACCCUAGUUGGUAUAAGGGCCAAGCGCGACAAGAAUCCAUUCCAGACAAGGUUCAGUCGAGUGAUGCUUUAAGUCAAGUAGACUCUUCAGUUUCUAAGGAAUUGGCUAUAAAAAAAGAUCCUGAAACAACAGCACAUAAAGAAAGUGCAGCAGUGACUGGUAAGGAAACCAGCACAUCUGCAGAGGCUGAACAGGCUGGGUCUGAGGUAUCUGUCCAUGGUACAGCUGAGGAACCCACAAGGAGCACUGAGACAAGGACCCCAACUCAAGGACAUGUUUUCUCCUUCUCUUGGCUGAAUUCACUAUCGGAAUAACUGUAUGACGAAUCUUUUGAGUCCCCUGAUAUUUUAUAGACUGUAUGAACUCCUAGUCAGAGAGCUACACAAAUGAAAUACUUCUAUUAAAGUCAUAUGAUUGAUAUCAUUUAAUGUAUCUCUAAAGAGUGUCAUAUAAGUCAUGUCCCAGGAUAGAACUACUGUGUAUAGGAAAAUAUUAUAUAUUAGAGAUGGACAUAAACAUUUGAAACAAUAUGAGUUUAUCUUAUUUUAAGCUAUGUUGUCACAUCUAACCUACAUGAUAAUCGUGUUAGUUUGUCAUUAAAAUAUAUUGAUAACUAUAAAUUCUAGUACCAUACAAUCAUUCACUAGUAGUGUGUUUGUGAGUUUACCCCUUAUAUUCGUUUUUGAAUUAUGAUAAUUGGAACAACAUUUUUUUAUAUUCAAGAGGAACAAAAUAACCAAUGUAUUCUGAUGUAUUCCUUCUUCCUGAGAUACCUUAUCACUGAAAUAAUAGAAUAAGACUAUGAACUUCAUCAAUGAAGACUGUAACUGAUAUUUAUGUACUGUGGAUUUGUGUUCUCUUUAGAUGCAUGUGAUACCAACCAGCCUUUACAUGACCAUGAUAAUAUGUCACCUUCAUAAACAAAAGAAAUAAAUCGCCUUCUCGUGAAAAAUAAUAACAGUUAUACAUUGCAUAUUUUAUUAAAAAAUAUAGAUAUUAAACAUUAUGUUACACAACCAAGUUGUACGAGCGCUGAAAAGAUGUUUUAUUAUGGAAAUGUUUACAAUAAAGUUUUGAUGCAAAAUAAA